AGUUCAAUCAGAGCGCAACCCAAAACCCACAAUCAGCACCAUGAAAUUCGCCGUCGCCGUUGUCUUCACCUUGGCCCUCGCCAUGGGCGUGCAGUCGUCUGUGAUCCCCCUGCUGUCCCAGGUGGCUGGCCAUGGACUCUCCUACACCGCCGUCUCUGGACCCGCUGUGGUGGCCUCUCCCUGGGCCGCUCCCGCCGCCCACUGGGCCGUUCCCGCCGCCCACUGGCCCGCCGCCGUGAACGUGGCUUCCUGGCCUCCGGCAGCGGUCCAUGCCCCGGCUGCCGUGGCCGUCCAUGCCGCCGCUCCCGCCGUGGUGGCCGGCCAUGCUCCGGCCGUCGUCGUGGCCCCAGUGGCCCAUGAGGGUGUCUACACUGCCCAGACCCGUGGAGCCAUCCACACCGCUCCUCUGGCCGGACACGUCCAGUCGGUGGCCUCCAUUAACGCCGCUCCCGCACCCGGAACUCUGUAAGGAGGAAGCUAUAGGAACUAUAGCUAUAACCUCUCGCCGAUCUGACCCCCCGCCACUACCAUGGAAACUGCCAUCGAUGGGAAACCCCCUUCACCACUGAUUUGUAAAUACAUUGUAUAUAUAUAUAUAGACAUAUAUAGACAGGGUACUCGCACUUAGCACCUGAACAGGAACUUUCCACACCUGUCCCAAAAACUGAGCCAUCAAAAUUCCCUUUCGACCUAAGCACACGGCCACUUUUGUGGUUGCCUCUUUCUCACGCUUACCUAUUUAUCUAGCAUACAUUUUCCAAGCAUUCCUGUGAAAAAACGCUUUAAGCUUUCCUUCAAAACGGAAGCCAAGUGCA